AUGUGGCUGUGGCCCCUCUUGCUCUGUUUGCCCCUGUCUCUGGCCCUGAGUGGCCUGCGUGAGCCCGAGGUGCUGGAAGAUGAUGAUGAUCUUGACUGUGGGCCUCAGGGCCUCCGGUACACUGUCCACCCUCCUGACCAGGAGACAGAGACUCCCCAGGCACUGAUAGUGUGGGAUGACCAUGGGCUGCUGCACCUGUUGCAGAAUGACUCUGGCUGUGGCACCCAGGUGACGGAGGGCCCCGGCAGCUCCGUGGUGUUGGAGGCAGCCUACGGCAGCUGCUAUGUCAGCCAGUGGAACUCCUAUCACAUCAUGCCAGUCGGAGUCGAGGGGACAGACGCAGCCGGGCACAGGACAGUGGCCAAGACCAGGCUGCUCAGGUGUCCUGUGGGUCUCCCAGCCCUCACUGCUCCGGGUGCUGACCUGUGUGAGUCUGUCCCCCUGGGGGACAGGCUGCCCUGUGCUCCCGCACCCACCACACAAGGAGACUGCAAGGUGCUGGGCUGCUGCUACAACGCCAGUGGGAGGUCUUGUUACUAUGGAAACACAGUGACCUCACACUGUACCCAGGACGGCCACUUCUCCAUUGCUGUGGCCCUCAAUGUGACCUCGCCCCCACUGCUCUUGAACUCUGUGCACAUGGCCUUCAGCAACGACAGCGAAUGCGACCCUGUGAUGACAACACAAGCCUUUGCCCUGUUCCGGUUUCCAUUCACAGCCUGUGGUACUACCAGAUGGAUCGCUGGAGACCAGGCAGUGUACGAAAACGAGCUAGAGGCAGCCAGGGAGGUGAGAACCUGGAGCCGAGGUUCCAUCACCCGCGAAAGUACCUUCAGGCUCCGAGUCCACUGCACCUACACCAUAAGUAGCAACGCCCUCCCGGUCAAUGUCCAGGUUGUCCGUCCCCCACUGCCCGAGCCUGAGACCCAGCCUGGACCCCUCACUCUGGAACUUCAGAUUGCCAGAGACGAAAACUACAGCUCCUACUACAGUGCUGGUGACUACCCAGUGGUGAAGUUACUCCGGGACCCCAUUUAUGUGGAGGUCUCCGUCCGUCACAGAACCGACCCCAACCUCAGGCUGCUGCUCCAUCACUGUUGGGCCACACCCAGCCCAGACCCUCUGCAUCAGCCGCAGUGGCCCCUGCUGGUGAAGGGAUGCCCCUACACUGGAGACAACUACUGGACCCACCUGAUUCCUGUCCCAGAGGCCAGAAGUGUGGAGUUCCCCUCCCACUCCCAGCGCUUCAGCAUCUUCACCUUCAGCUUUGUGGACUCGGAGGCCCGACUAGUGCUCAGGGGACCGGUGUACUUGCACUGCAGUGUGUCCCUCUGCCAGCCUGCGGGGACACUGUCCUGUGUCACCUGUCCUGUGGCUAGGCGAAGGAGGAGCCCCGGCGUCCCCUCCGGGAGCAGCACUGCCGACGUUUCUAUCAGGGGCCCCAUGGUCCUCCUCCAGGCCCCGGAGGAGCCUUCAGAAAAGCUUCGGCCCCCUGCGGGCUCCCACGCUCUGUGGGUGGCAGGCCUCUCUGGGACCUUAGCUGUUGGAGUCUUGUUGGUGUCCUACCUGGCUAUCAAGAAGUGGAGAUGA